AUGGCUCACGACCCGGGGCAGGCCCAGGCCCUGGCCGGGGACAAGGUCGCCCGGGUUCUCACCUCGGACAGCACUCCCCCACAGAAUGGUAACCAAGUCGGGAACCAGGGCGGCGGUAGCAGCAGUCGGGCGCCCAUACAGGAGUACAGCAUCGAGCGGGUCGAGAAAGUCUACCGGAAACUCGACCUCCGCAUCAUCCCCGCCUUCUGGGUCCUCUACUUCCUCAGCUCUGCCAUCCGCUCUAAUAUCGGCAUCGCCCAGACCAUGAACACGACCGCCGGCCACGACCUGGCCUCGGUCCUCUCGCUCUCGCCGCGCGACACCUCCACUGCCCUGGCGCUGUUCUAUGUGUCGUACGUCCUGUUCGACCUGCCCUCCAACCUCAUCAUGAGCAGGCUCUCCCCGCGCGUCUGGAUGGCCCGCAUCGUGUUCGCCGUCGGCGUCACGGGCACGUGCUUCACAGCUGUGAACGACGCCUGGAGCUUGAAGCUGUUGCGCUUCUUGCUGGGUGUGGUUACCGCGGGCAUGUGGCCUGGCAUGGCAUACUAUCUGACGCUAUUCUACCCGCCGUCGCGGACUGGGAAGCGCAUUGGCAUGUAUUUCACCGCAUCGCAGGUUUCGGCCGCCGUCGUCGGCUUGGUGUCGGCGGGGUUCCAGCAGAUGGACGGUCUGGGUGGCCUGGUGGGGUUCAGGUGGAUGUUCCUGGUUUACGGCUUGUGCGGUGUGGUACUGGGCAUUUCGCUGCUCUGGUGGCUGCCUGACCGGCCGCUGGCGCCGGGCGAGCAGAGGGCGAGGAGUUGGUACUCAAAAUUUCUCCCGCAGAGCCCCGAGGCGCUGAAGGGCGAAGAUGCCGUCGUGCAUUAUCACGAUUUGAGGAGGGUUUAUCAUGCUAGGGCGUGGAACAUGAAGGACCUGUGGCAUGUGCUCAUCGACUGGCGACUAUGGCCCCUUGUGCUGAUGUACUUUGGGGUCGUCGGCGUGGGGAUUGGUACACAACUGUACGGGAGCGUCAUCAUCGCGGCCAUUAAUCCGGCCUUUACCGGUGUUCAGGUCAGCCUGCUGUUUGCCCCUAUUUGGAUGAUGGAUUUUUGCGCGAUCCUUCUGGUCACCCCCAUUUCCGACAGGUUUCAUCGGCAUCGCGCCAUCUUCUUCUCUGCUGCCGUGUGCAUUCAAAUCGCCGGCCUCCUGACCGUCACGUUUGCUCUCGAAAAUCCUUGGGCCAGAUACGGCGGCCUUCUGAUGGUUGGUUUCGGGCUCGGGCCGACCGUCCCUAUCUGCAUGACUUGGACCAACGAGAUCUUCCAGCGCCGUCAUCGCGAGGUCGGCGUCGCAGCCGCGUCAGCCCUCGUCUCGGGCUUGGGAAACCUCGGCAGCAUCACCACAACGUACGCCCUGUAUACUGGCUGGCCCGAGGACGCCGCCAAGGGCCCGCACCAGUACCGCAAGAGCAACUUCACCAUGAUUGGAAUCCUGUGCAUGAGCAUUGCUAGCAGCUUCGUCAUGACGGCUUUGCUGCAGAUCUUUGGGAACGAGCCCAGCAAGAAGAUUACCAGCAGCACCAGCUCGGCCGUCGAUUCGGACGAGUAUCUCGAUGGCGCAGCUCGGAGAGAAACCCAGCAGCGUGGGUUCAGCCGGAUGUGGUGGAACAAGGUUUCCAAGGCCUCCCCACAUGCUUAA